ACUCUUAAACUGAUUCUUCACUAGACAUGACGAAGUCGACGAAAAAGACUAUAGCUAUUCCCAAGCCGCCCAUCUCAGCAUCCAGAAAGCCGCAGCAAUUCUCAAGCAGCUUCCGGCUACGGGAGUACCCAUUCCUGCCUCGGAGAAGCACGUACAAUUAUGUGACAAGUAUCUGAGAGAAUUGGAAGGUCAAUUGGACACGGAUGGAACAACCAAUGAUGGUGGGUUAAGUUAUCUUAUGCUGAGCCCUUCACAUUCAUACAUUGCCUUCAAACAAUAUCUUGUAAUUACAGCCACGCUCCGCAAUACGUACGAAGAUGCGAAGCGGUUCAGAUUGAAAUUAUCUGAGCUCUACGCAGAUUCAGAGAGCGAGAUUGAUGUAGGAGGAGAUGAUGAAGGUGAUGUAGAGAAGGAAGAAAAGAAGACAAAUACGAAACCACAGGUGACACGCACGUAUCGGUCGGAGGCCUCUUCGAGUUCGAUUCCCACUUCGCAGAGGUCGGAGACGAGCAUAGCCGUCAGAGUUAACUUUCCGGCUUGUGAUCUCUGCGAGACGCGUGGUCAUACCUGUAUUUCAUCUGACGGCCAGUCUAAGCGAUGUGACAAGUGCAAGAAGAGCAAACAGAAAUGCUCAUUCAGUGAUAAAAGCCAAAAUGCAAAGCGAUCAGUCCCCGACACAGAUUCCGAUGUCGAGGAGAUAUCUGAAAGCCCGCCGAAGAAGAAAGGACGUACAUCCAACGUCGUCUCCAUCAGUACCGCGGGCCAGAGCGCCCCUGGUCAGAAGUAUGUAGAGGUCAGCAUGCCUCAACCUACACCCAGGAAUCAAGUGCCUGUUCAGGCGAGCACGACGACGAAAUUUGUUGAGGAUCAAACCUCCAAUACUGAGGGCAUGGAAGCGUUGUCUAACGCCCGAGAAGGGUUCUUCAGAGCGUUGGAUUCCUGCAAGGCUAACUUAGGUGGCAGUCAGUCUGAAGCAUUCCGACAAUUAUAUGUGUCUGCCAAAAUGUGGCAGGCACAAGAGGACCUUCUGCUUUCCAACUGAGCUUCAUGCCUUCAGCAAGGUGAACAUUUUCUUGAUGCCGACUUGAACAAAGUUUCAAGGAAUUCUUGACACUGUGAUUACGGGAAUUGUAUUAUAAAUACGGCACAUACCG